AGUAGAUACGGUGGAUUAAUGUAAGUCUCCGCCUACUGAAUCGUGCUCAUCAUCGGCAUCUUUUGAACGUCAACUCGACCGCUGAGUUAGGGGCGCUGUCAUCUUUCAGACGCUUUCUAUCCUUCGCGAAUCGAUCCCAACCCGGCCAUUCCCCAGCUGGCCGUCAGCUUUCAAUUGCCGGCUCCAUGGCGCCCAGUCACCACUACGACCUCAUCAAGCCAAGUGAGGACAUCAAGGACGAGCCUGACGACAGCAGAGAACCCAUCAGCAGACCAUGGUCAAAAUAUGUUCUCUACAUGCUUCUUGCAGCUAGCACUGGUCUAGGUGCGGCGUUUGGUGUGGUCCUAGCCUCGUCUCUGCUCAAACCUAGCACUAGCACCAGUGCCGCGGCGAAUGCCACUGCCACCACCACCCUAUCCGCAGACAUUACACUGCCUACUACUUCCACCGAUUAUAUCGCUGGUGAAGCUAAUGACCACGAUGUUUUGGCGGGCAAGGUUCUUGAAUGCGGAUACUCUUUUACCGAAGCGCGCUCUCGGGGUUGUGUCUACGACGUUAUGAUGCAAGAUUGGGUCCCAGAGCCGUGCUAUGACAGCGUAUUGACUGAGAGAUACCUUGCGCAAGGAAAUUACACCUGGUAUGCGGACGGUGAUGGGAACAUUAUGUCGGACGAAGAAAUGCGUAAGGGCGAACACACAGAAGCAUAUAUGUCAGGGGACUAUCAUAAAGAUCACUGCAUCUUCUCAUGGGAAAAGCUCAUCCGUGCGAUGCGGAACACCCGGCCUGUCAGUCAGGAAUUGGUGUCUUACGACCACGUUCUUCACUGUCGUCACCAAACCCUUGGAGAAAAUCAUCCGGAUAAGCGUGAUGGGGGUAUUGGUGUCCGAGCACCUACUAACUAUGCCAAAUGCGCAUUGUAUAGCACGUGGAAGAAGGAUUUUAUCCCAGACAAACAUUCUUCAACGGACAAGUAAUGUUCGUUUGGCAAGUUCUAAGGCCGGGGGACCUUGGAACUAAACAAUAUCCUCACUGAGGAAUGGUACACACUGUUCGUAUACCAUAGUAAAAGAGGCGGAGGGUUUAGAUACAAGGAUAGAUAAGGAUAUGUAAGGAGACGCCAGAAUAGACAGAAUGCCUCAAAAACCAACA